UUAAAAGUAGAGCUUCACAACGGAUCAAAGUUGCUUCAGCUUAAGUUCCUUCUCCCUCUCUUGUAAAUACACACGAACCAUCUCUCCAUCUCUCAAACUCACACACACGCACACAACUCCUCAGCCUUCAUUGACAUAAAUCCCUUCCUCCACCUGGCCGGAAGCCUUCUCUCUCCAACACGAACAGAAAGUAAAAGAAGAGAGGGAGGAGAGAAAAAGUAGAGCCAGAUAGAACAAAGAAAAUGAGAACUGGGGAUACCUUAAGUGCUACAUCAAUGAUGAUGAAGACAACGACAACAAAAUCAAUAUUUUCACCACAGGCGGCAACUGUACAACACUGCUCACCAUGGCACUCUCCGGUGCCCUAUCUGUUGGGUGGUCUGGCAGCAAUGCUGGGUUUGAUAAUAUUGGCACUUGUGAUCCUGGCAUGCUCUUAUUGGAAACAUUCUGUUGGACGCUCAUCGGAUAACGCUCGGGAAGGUGGUGGUCAGAGAGAUCUGGAGUUUGGUGAUGACAAACCUGGAAACACACUAGUCAAGGCUAAGCUGGUUUUUGAAGAGAAGAUUGUAGUGAUAAUGGCUGGAGAUUUGAGGCCAUCUUUCUUGGCGACACCCAUGUCCAGCAGAGCUUCUUCAUUUGGUGACGUUGAUGCCAAAACUGAGAACAAGGAGAAAGCUGAAUUAAUUGCUGAGAGACCAAAACAAGAGACGGGUACUGAUGAAAACAAUCAGACUACUAUUAUUACAACAACAGACAGAAACUAGAGAAACCCAAUAGAAGUAAGAAGACUAAGAGCAAACUUAACCAGUGAGCUGCAGUUAUAUAUUAAUCCACCCAAGUGAGAGUUUUAGUUCCUUCUUACAUUUGGUCUUCUCUAUUUUGGUUAGGGUCCCGGAAAUGUAAAUUUUGCUGAGAUGAAAUAGAAGAAAGAGUCAGUUUUCCUCUUUCUAACAAUUUAACCCAAUCCUUCUUUUAUUUAAGUAAUACGAUAUAGUAGUAACUAUGCAUUUACUCUGUUCUUGUCCUUGUAUAUAAUGUUGGGCAACCAGCUUUUUCUCCUCUU